UCGACGCUUUUAUACCUUUUAUCUGUUAGGCAGCAAACACAAGAGUGCGGUUCUUAGCUACACUUUAGAUUCGGGAAGCAAUGGAUUCGUUCUCAAAUCCAUCGAGUGGGUCGUCUCAUCAAUUAUCUGCGCAGGAUCUCAAAAACCAGUUGAAGAAUCAACUUGCCUUGGAGUAUGCUCAACAAUUGCUUGAGACAGUGGGAAGAAAGUGUUUUGAGAAGUGUGUCACAAAACCAGGUUCAAGCCUCAGUGGGAGUGAAAGCAGUUGCAUCUCUAGGUGCGUAGAUCGAUAUAUUGAAGCCACAGGCAUAAUUGGCAAAGCGUUAAUUAGUGGUCCACAAUGAAAUGGACAGCCUCCUCAGGAAAUCCUCUAGUUGCUCAACAUUUUCAGAACCAAUUUAUAGACGUUGGAGAUUAUGUGUUCUCCGGAUUCUUUUCUUGUCCUUUUAUUAAUAGACAAUUUAUGCAUUUUUAUUUUAUUAUACAACUAGUAUAUGCCCUGUGAGAUUCACGUUUUUAUUCUCAACGCUCUGUUUUAUUC